UUCAAAUCCAGAAAGACAUAAGAAACCGAAUCGGCUCGAAUGAACUAAAAAUUGAGAAACCUAAGGCAUUAGCUUUCAUUUUACAUGCUUGUGAUAUAUCGAAUCCUACUAAAGAUUGGAACCUAAGUUCUCAGUGGGCAGCUUUGAUAAUGGAAGAAUUCUUUAAACAGGGUGAUCGUGAGAGAGAGCUUAAUAUACCGAUUAGUCCUCUAUGUGAUAGAUACGAUACACUAAUUCCAGAAUCACAAAUUAAUUUUAUUGAUUUUAUUGUGGAACCAACGUUUAAGAUUUGUGGAGAUAUGUUGGAUUAUAUUUUGGAACAGAAUACUCAAAAAACUAAUGAAGAAGAAGAAAAGAAAGAUCAUGCUGGUAUUCAAAAACCUUGGGAUAAAUGCAUAUCUGAGAAUAAGAAAAAGUGGCAGGAGAAAACAAUGAAAGUUCGAGGAUUAUCGCUUAUUGAAAAACAAAGGCCAAGUUUGUAAAAUUUAAGAAGACCUAAUAUCAAUGCAUUAUAAAAAAAAAUAUUGCUUUUAAUCGAUAUUUUAU